CCCCGUUUGUGGGAUGGCCGUCGGUCGGGAGCGAGCAGCCUGGGCCGGCACAUGCCCGGACCCCGGGGAUCAGCGGGAAGAUGGCGCAGAGAGCCGAGUGAUCGGACGGGCCGGCGGCCGGCGGGAUGUCACGGAUUUCAUGACGGCAGCGGGUUUAACCGGAUUGCCCAAAAUGUUUGGGAAAAAGAAGAAAAAAAUUGAAAUAUCAGGGCCGUCUAACUUUGAACACAGGGUUCACACGGGAUUCGAUCACAAGGAGCAGAAGUUUAUAGGCCUUCCUCAACAAUGGCAAAGUUUGCUGGCAGACACAGCCAAUAGGCCUAAGCCUAUGGUGGAUCCAUCAUGUAUCACACCGAUACAACUUGCGCCCAUGAAGCGCCUGAAACCUGACACAGGACAUUUGGCCGUGGGGCUUUCAGCGCCGAGAACAAAUGUGAAUUUUACUAGCCCCAUUAAACUGGAACGAGAAGCUUCAGCCAAGACUAUCGUGAGGGGCAGUAAACCUCCACUAGAUGCUUCCAUCAAUGGCUUGCUUGAAGACUUCGACAACAUUUCCGUAACCCGUUCCAACUCCCUAAGAAAAGAAAGUCCUCCCACCCCACGCCAAGGACAUUCCAACCAUUCAAAGAGUUACCCGGAAGAAAAUGGCUUCUUUACCUUCUCCCACUACAGCCUCGAACCUGAGAUCUCCAGAAGCAACAUCUCUGAGAGGUACAAGGAACGGAGUCUGAGCGCCGAGGAGGCGGAGGGCUACUACAGGGCGAGCAAGCCGACCAGGCACAAUGGGCAUCCGGUUAAAAUGAGGUCCUACGAAGCCUACUUUCCUGAAGUAAAAAAUGUGAACAUGUUGAGUUACACCUCGGAGUACCACCCACAGCUGGAGACAAAAAGCAAAUCUGUCGACCAGUGUGGGGCACCAUGGGACUACAACAGGGUCACCGGUACAUCUCUUCAGGACUACAGGGACUAUUUUCCACCUUCUAUUACAGGGACCGUCAUGCUGAGCGAGGGCUCGAAGGAAAGACUUGAGUACAGUGAGUGGGCAGAUGGUCUUUCUAAGGAUGAUUAUGAUAAGAGACCCAAGUCAUCCUAUGUAACUCAAACCAGUCCUCAACCAGCCAUAAGACAAAGGUCAAGGUCAGGAUCAGGCCUUCAAGAACCAGUCAUACCGUAUGGUGCACUGAAAACCAACCAGCAAGGGCAUUCUUUUGCUUCGUACACCUACCCACGUUUGUCAGAAACCGCAGCGUGCAUUCCAAAGGCAGACUACGACCGAGCACAGGUAUCCAUGAGCCCCCCGCUCACCGGAUCUGAUACAUAUCCUCGAGGUCCUACAAAGCUACCUCAGUCCCAAACCAAGCCCAAUUACCCCUCAAGUAGUUACCAGUAUCCAUCAGCUUACCAUAAGCCAUCUCCCUACCACCAACCCCAACUCCACGGGAGCCCCCAUUUCAUGUCCACAAGUUCCUACCCCAGCUCUCCCAGUACAACGUCCAGCGUUUACCCCCCUCCCAGUUGGGGCUCAGCCUCCGAUCAACAGCCAUCUAGAGUCUCUCAUGAACAGUUUAGGGCAGCUCUGCAGCUAGUGGUCAGUCCUGGAGACCCCCGAGAGUAUUUGGAUGACUUUAUCAAAAUCGGGGAGGGCUCGACGGGAAUCGUUUGUAUCGCCACCGAGAAACACACGGGGAAGCAAGUCGCUGUGAAAAAAAUGGAUCUCAGGAAACAGCAGAGAAGGGAACUGCUCUUUAAUGAGGUAGUAAUCAUGAGGGACUACCAUCAUGAGAAUGUUGUGGAUAUGUAUAAUAGUUACCUGGUUGGAGAUGAACUGUGGGUGGUCAUGGAAUUCUUGGAAGGCGGAGCCCUGACAGACAUCGUCACCCACACGAGGAUGAAUGAGGAGCAAAUAGCCACUGUGUGUUUCUCUGUUCUCAAAGCAUUGUCCUAUCUGCAUAAUCAGGGAGUCAUUCACAGGGAUAUAAAAAGUGACUCUAUCCUGCUGACCAGCGAUGGAAGGAUAAAACUCUCUGAUUUUGGAUUUUGCGCACAAGUUUCUAAAGAGGUUCCUAAAAGAAAAUCCCUUGUUGGGACUCCCUAUUGGAUGGCUCCAGAGGUCAUCUCCAGACUGCCAUAUGGAACAGAGGUGGAUAUUUGGUCUCUUGGAAUCAUGGUGAUAGAAAUGAUUGACGGAGAACCUCCAUAUUUUAACGAACCGCCAUUGCAGGCAAUGCGUCGGAUACGAGAUAAUUUGCCACCACGAGUCAAAGAUGUUCAUCAGGUUUCUUCGGUGUUGCGUGGAUUCCUAGACUUGAUGCUGGUGAGGGAGCCGUCCCAAAGAGCAACAGCACAAGACCUAUUGAGACAUCCAUUCAUGAACCUCUCAGGACCCCAGUCAUGUAUCAUCCCGCUAAUGAGGCAAUACCGGCACCACUGAGCUUUAUCAAAGCCUACGUGAACAAGACGGAGGAACGGAGCUAAUCAAGAAGGGGGGAAGGGGGGGAGGGGAAUCAGCCACAAACAACUUCAGACAACACAAGAAAUGCAAAAAUUAAAAAGCAGCUACUUCUCAAAACUGCCUAUAUUUCUCUACAAUGACUACAAGAUGAAACGCUGGGGUGUGCUGGAAUGGAAACCUCACUUUUCACUCUGCUUUUUUCCUUUUUUGGUUUGUUUCUUUUUUUUUUAUUAUUAUUAUUAUUUUUAAUUGAUCAAAAAAAAAAUGCAGAUUUUUACAAAGGUUCUUUUGAAGUGAAAUUUAGAUAUUGGUCCAGACAUAUCUUCAACUCUUAUUUGAAAGAAAGGGAAAAAAAAAUAAAAAAAUGUAAUAUCCUUCUUUGAGGUAAAAUGCACUUUUUUUCAGAGGUAGGAGCAUACCGUAUUUUGAAAAUGACUUUGUAAUUUUCUGUAUGAUACUUUUGAUAAUUUGCAGUUUUUUGAUGUUAUGUAAACAUUGUGCCAGUUCAGAAACCAGGUGUAAUUUACCAAACAUUUUCCAAAAAAAAAAUGUAAAAAAAAAAAUUCCUACUUUUAUAAUCCUUUUUGGAGACACGCCCACAUCUCUUCAUCAGUGUUAACUGUCUAUUUUGCGUCCAUCCUAAUCACGGCACAUCUUGAAAACUAGAGUGGUUUGCAGACUUUUUCUAAGGCCCUCUCAUCACCAUUCGUAAGUGUUACAAAAAUAAAUAAAUACAUAAAUAAAUAAUAAUUAUUAUAAUUAAUAUUAAUUUAAAAAUA